UUGAGUCGGACUUCAGAAACAUUGACCCAGCCUCUCUUUUUCAUCAGUUAUGGAGAAGAACUGGGAUUUUUCUUCUACUAAGCCUGAGGGGCUAAAUUGGGCUCUUUGCAAUGGCAAUUCAAGCCGUGAACCUUCUCUGCUUCUUCCAUUUAUGAUUAAUCCUCAGCUUUCAAGCUCAACCAAGGUUCAGUUUGAUGGAUUUCCUUCAUUUUCAACUUCAACAGAAGGAAUGAUUGCUGACGUUAGAGCAGUUUCUGCUUCCAAGAGCCAUAGCCAAGCAGAAAAGAGGCGUAGGGACAGAAUCAAUGCUCAACUGGCGACUCUUAGAAAAAUCAUUCCCAAGUCUGAUAAGAUGGACAAGGCAGCUCUGUUGGGAAGUGCAAUCGAUCAAGUGAAAGACCUGAAGAGAAAAGCAAUGGAAGUCAGCAAGAACAUGACAGUUCCAACAGAUGUGGAUGAAUUAACUAUAGAUUCUACCAUGGUUGAAGACAACAACAGGAACAAUAUUGCAAUAAAGGUAUCAGUGAGCUGCGACGAUCGGCCAGAACUGUUCGCAGAGCUCAUCCAAGUGAUCAGGGGGCUGAGGCUCACAACCAUAAGGGCUGAUAUGGCUAGCGUUGGCGGCCGCAUUAAAAGCAUACUUGUCCUUUGCAAUAAAGAUGGUGAAAAAAAUGUGUGCUUGAAAACUGUUCAACAGUCUCUUAAAUUGGUUUUAAGUAGAAUAUCGUCCUCCUCGGCCACCUCAACCUGUCGUAUCAGAAGUAAACGACAGAGGUUCUUCCUCCCUCCUCAUUAUUCCAAGUAAUUUUUCUUCUCAUAAAUGUCUUAAUUUGAGCGCGGAUUGAACACAAAUGACGAGAAGGUAAAAGACCGAGACUUUUAAAGCCUGUGGAGAACUGAAGCUGUUGCAGCCACAAUAUGUCUCUCCAUGUAAAGAGUCUUGCAAACGAGAAAAAAUUGAUUAUAUUCUUUUACGUCUGGAUGACAGAAGUUGUGGGAUAGUUAUUUAGCUAUGAAGUUCAAAUUUUGUGUCACUUGUUCCACGCCGAAGUUCGCAACAAAUUUGAACCGGAUUUUGCAAACGUUGAUCCACACGCCAUAUAAUUACUCAAAAGAAAGAUCCUUCGCUAGAAGUUCAUUCUUGCA